AUGGGAAACACUAGUAGUUCACAGAAGAUAUCGUCUCAGGACCGAGCAAUCCUUGAUCUUAAAAACCAGCGCGAUAAGCUGAAGCAAUACCGAAAACGUAUAACUGUUCUGACCGACCGCGAGACCGAGAUCGCCAAGGAAUGUCUGGCGCAGAAUGAUCGGCGGCGAGCGCUGCUUGCCCUGCGACGCAAGAAAUACCAAGAGUCGCUGUUAGAUAAGACAGAUGGUCAGCUCGCACAGUUGGAACAGAUAGCGAGCCAGGUGGAAUUCGCGCUGGUCCAGAAGGAUGUGAUGUUUGGCCUACAACAGGGUACUGAGGUUCUAAAAGCGAUCAAUAAGGAAAUGGGCGGAAUUGAGGGUGUUGAACGACUAAUGGGAGAGACGGAAGACGCACGCGCUUAUCAAGAGGAGAUAAGCCAAAUGCUCGAAGGAAACCUAACAAAUCAGGACGAAGAAGAUGUCGAGGAAGAAUUACUAGCUUUACAACGCCAGGUUUCAAAGCCGAAGGUCGCGACUCCGAACUUGCCCAACGUCCCGAACAAUGCCUUGCCUACACCUGAAGAGACCGAGGUAGAGAACCCAGAGGAACCAACAAGGACCAAAACAAAGACCCGAACGCCUGCGCUUGCUGCAUAG